AUGGAGGGGCCUUUAACGGCGGUGGAGCAGUACUUUAAUCAGCUCGUUAACUUGCGCCUUCUCACGCAGGUGGUUGUGUCGGACCGUCAGGGGAAUACCAUCAUGGCCUGCUUUGGGACCCCCAAACUGCUGGAGGGACAGGAGGGUGCACCCCACGAUGUCGCGUACGGCGGCGAUGAUGAACUCACCGUUGAGAGUAACGUGGUGCUCAGUGGGGCGCGCUGCUUUCAAAAUUUGGAACAGUUGCAGCUGGGCGUCCCUGCGUACAUAAGUCUUCAGUACCACGACGCCACUGUGGUGCAGACGCUCGAUGGUUGUUGCAUGCUCACGUUGAUAGGAUGCCGUUCACAGGGCCAUUUUGUGGGCGGUUUGCUUGUGCUUCUUCCGCAGAUACGUUCCGCCGAGGUCUACCAAGAGCUUUUGUCGAAGACACAGGAGUGCUUUCAAUGA